AUGUCAUUUCAAGAGAGCAAAACAGGUUGCAAGGUUAAUUUGGUGACUCGUGAUCAGGAAGUCACUUUCAGACGUUCCUGGUUUAUAAAUAAUCAAUCGGAGAUUUCAAUUAUCAUGGAAGUAAAGCCAAAUCCAAAAAUUCCGACGCUCAUUCCCGAAUCAAUAUCCUUAGCGGAUGUGCCUAUAUAUAGUUUAUUGCCAGAUUCUCAACCUUUUCCUGCAUCACUUGUUGCAACUACAAGCAAAGAAAGUAAAAAUCCUAAAGAAGUGAAGCUAGCCAAGAAGGAGACUUCUCUACAUGAUAAUGCGUCUUCAAUAAAAUCUUGUCCGGCCAAUUAUAUGCUAACAUCACCAUUGCAGUUAAGUCAGGAAGAAAUUAAAGACAUGACAUUUGGAAGAUGUAACUUUCCAUGUGACAGAUGUCGUCAGUCCCAAGUUUUGGUAAAGAAAUUCACAAGAGUUUCGAGUGGCCUACUCAAAGCAGAAAAAACAUCAGCCAUUUCUAUGUAUCACAAGACUGAAAAUACUAUGAUUCUGGUUUUUCCCUGUGUGGAAAGAGGGAACCUGGACGAACUUCUUUGCAGAACAGGCUCUAGGGGGAAACAGUUGGAACUAACAUUUCAAGAUAAACUAAAGAUUGCCAUAGGAAUUGCUGAAGGUGUUAGAUAUAUGCAUGAAGAAUGUCCAAGAGGCCCUGUGGUUCAUGGUGAAUUAGUGCCAAGCAACAUUUUUCUGAGAUACGACUUACGUCCAUUGGUGAAAAUCUCAAAACCAAAAGUCAAUUGGGGAUUUCAGAUCUCCGGUUUUGGACAAGCUAAAUGGCUUCAUCUAAGAAAACCAUUGCACAUAACCCACAACAGUUGCCGGCUUCAGGAUUACUUAGACCAGGAAACUAUGAAACUAGUAAAAUCCGGCGUCUUAUCUUUUGGAGUUUUGCUGUUAAGGCUAUUUUUCCGAAGAUCUGCACCACAUGAUGAUAGAACUUUGAUUGAGUGGGCUCAGCCAUUGUAG